AUGACGACUCUCCUUCAAAAUCGUACUAUAUCUAUGAUUCUAACAGUUCCUGAUAUUAAAGAAUCAUCUUCACCACUAUCACAUUCGGUUGAAAAUCUUGAUCAAUAUUCAUUUGCAUUUUCAAAAAAUUCUAAACCUUCAUCAAUACCUAUUUAUCAUGGAUCAAUAAUUCGUAUUGAACAACAUCAUGAUGAGGAGAAUACAUCUGAUUUAAUUGUUCGUGUACCUAAUUUUCAUUAUUUAUCAUUACCAUCAAUUAAUAUUUUAAGUAAUCCAACUAGUAAUGAUCAAUUAAAUGAAACAGAAAGUCAACAAGAAACGCAUACUAAACGACGUGCUCCAAUAUGUCCUAUUCUUGAUAAUUCACGUAAUCAUUCUCCUUCAUCAAAUCAAAAUCAAACAAAUGAUUUUGAUAAUUCAGAUGAAAAUCAACAAUCAGAAAUGAAUUCACGAUUUAUAAAUAGAAAACGUUUAGCUAUUGGUUUACGUAAUUUAAGUCGAGCAUUUACAACAAGUUGUAAACCAAAGCAAUCAACAAAUAUUAAUGAAAUAACAAUUAUACCAGUUCUUCCUGAUGUUGAAGUAAUAACAGAAAAUUUUCAAGUAUCAACAUCAUCAAAAAAAACUACUAAAAGUCAAAAUUCAACAUCAAAAUUUAUAACACCAAAAAUUUUUUUGAUUAAACGAAAACAUUUUAAGAUUAAAAAAAAACAACCAUCCACAAAAUCAAUUGAUACUGAAACGGAAAAUAAACAUAGUACAAUUGAAAAUUCAUCAACAGAGAUUAUUUUAAAUGAUGAUGAAACAGAACAACAAAAUGAAUCAAAACAAACAACUAUGAAACUUAACGAUGAGCUUGAACAACAAUCUAAAACAAGUGAAAAACCUAUUCCUAAUAUUCCAAUAUUGGUGCUGGAUUAUCCUGAUUCUUCAUCAACACAUUGUUGUUGUGCUAUUUCACGAUUUCCAUCAGAUCCUCAAACAACAAUAACAGAUGAUAAUGCAGAUGAUUUUAUAUCACGUAUUGAAACGCCAACAAAUAUUCUUCCAUCUAAUACAUUUACACCUAAGGAAAGAAUUGAUUUAACAGCAGAUCAUGUACAAUCAUCAGUUCAAAAAGAUAAUGAACAAAUACAAGAUAAAGAUGAUAAUAUCGAAGAUAGAUUAUAUAUUGUUCAUCCAAAUGGUGAUACAUUCUCUGAAUGUUAUGAAGUCACUUAUGAAUUUGAUCCAGAAUAUCAAAAUAACUUUAGUAAUGAAGAAGAACAAAUGCUUCAUUCAGAAAUGGAAGAUCAAUCUUCAAUUAAAAUCGAUCUUGAUCCAUUUCAAUAUCAAGAUUUAGCAUUAGCAUUAAGUAGUUGGUCACCUAUUUUUCCUAAAAUUACUUCAAAUGAUGCUAAUCAAAUCGAACAUGAUAAGAUCAAUCAACUAUUUCAAAAAUCACAUGAAUAUAUCAAUGUUGAACAGUUAGAAACAAAUCUAAAAGAAUCAGAACCCACAAUAACUAAUACAACAAGAGUAAAAUUUCAAUCACCUGAAGAUAUGUCACAAAUUAGCAAUGAUCAAUCAUCAAUCUAUCAACCUGAAUCAGUUUCUGUUUUCUCAACUUCACAAGGAAAUGAUCAAAUUUUAUGUCUUAAUGAUACACCAAUUAUUAAUGAAGAGUAUACUAUAAUUUUAAAAAUUCUUAAACAUGUCUUACAAAUCGAUCAACUUUUGCAAACAGACGCAACGAACGAGUUAGAACAAAAAUAA